GUCACGCCAGGAGAUGGCGGCGUUCCUGAGGUCAAAGUGUUCGUCAGUUGGGCGUACUCUGAUGGGAAGCAUUGGAAACAAUCUGUAUGGGGGUGUUAACUCGUCUGUUGAAACCGUGGCGGGUUCAUCUCGCUGUGAUGCUAUCAGUCAGCAAAUCAGGACAUUCAUCCAGAUGAGAACCAACCUCAAGGUGGUAGACAACUCUGGAGCCAAGCGGGUCAUGUGCAUACAGUCCUUGAGGGGGAAGAAAGGAGCGAGGCUCGGGGACAUGAUAAUUGGUUCCGUGAAGGAAGCACAACCCCGUGGCAAGGUCAAGAAAGGUGAUGUGGUCUACGGGGUGGUCGUCCGUGCUGCUAUGAAGAAAGGGCGCAGUGACGGCAGCGAGGUCCAGUUCGAUGACAAUGCUAUAGUCAUAGUGAACAACAAGGGCGAGCUGAUUGGCACUCGCGUCUUUGGUCCUGUUCCCCACGAGCUCAGGAAGAAGAAGCAUCUCAAGAUCUUGGCGCUGGCUGAGCACAUUGUUUGAGACAUCGAGCUGUGCUUAGCCAUAUC